GCUACUAAGCACCAAUGUUUUCGUUUUAARAAGUAGUUUCCACGUGUUUUCUAGCUCGAAAAUGUUAUGAAAAUCUUCAUACUUCGGACGGUUGAAGCUCAUUUUAAACGUGUUUUCUUAUAAUCCUACACGUACCCGUACUAGAAACAUGUCUUCAAAGCUUGUAAAGAAAGGACUAGACUUCGUAGCCUCCACAGAUGAACACAAGAAGCAGAAAGGCAAAGCCAAGAAACCUAAAAGAGGCCAAAGAACGCGAACUUCUCCCUACAAUUCAAACAAUAAAAACGGCAAAGUGAAGACAAAAGACCAAGACUUCACAGAGCAAAAUCUUAAGUAUUUCAAAAAAUCAACAUGGACAAUGAAAAGAGAUAUUUAUGAGAAGAUUGUUAGAAACCAAGGAAAAAGCUUGAGGACUAAUAAAGACACUGAAGAKACAGAAGAUGACUUGGAGGAAUAGUGAUCUUUUUGCCAUUUAUCAUAUUUAUUUAGCUCAAGUAAGAUAAAAUAACUGAUUAGAACAUAAAAAUGAAAGUCUUUACUUUGCAAAUAGUCUUUUAUGCAUUUUUUAAAAAUAUUUCCUUAAAAAUUUCUAUCUAAAUUAUUU